AUGGAGCAAAGGAGCGGGGGGGAGGCUGGAGGGAAAGCUUUGCUGGAGAUGGGAAAGGAGAAGAGCAAAUGGGAGGGGUUUGGAGGCCGGCGUCGGACCCCUCCUCUUUUCCCACAGGACUGUGUGCAGCUCAACCAGUACAAGCUGAAGGAUGAGAUCGGGAAGGGCUCCUACGGGGUGGUGAAGCUGGCCUACAACGAGGAUGAUAACACCUACUAUGCAAUGAAGGUUCUCUCCAAAAAGAAGCUGAUGAGACAGGCGGGCUUCCCCCGCCGCCCACCACCCCGUGGUGCCAAAGCUGCCUCUGAGGGCUGCCUGCAGCCCAAAGGCCCCAUCGAGCAGGUCUACCAGGAGAUUGCCAUCCUGAAGAAGCUGGACCACCCCAACGUGGUGAAGCUGGUGGAGGUCCUGGAUGAUCCCAGUGAGGACCACCUGUACAUGGUGUUUGAGCUGGUGAAGCAAGGCCCUGUGAUGGAAAUCCCAACCCUGAAACCUCUCAGUGAGGACCAGGCUCGGUUCUACUUCCAGGAUCUGAUCAAGGGCAUUGAAUACUUGCACUAUCAAAAGAUAAUCCACCGGGAUAUUAAACCUUCCAACCUCCUCGUGGGGGAAGACGGGCACGUCAAGAUUGCUGACUUUGGAGUGAGCAAUGAGUUCAAGGGAGCUGAUGCCCUCUUAACCAACACAGUGGGCACCCCUGCCUUCAUGGCCCCUGAAACGCUCUCAGAAACCAGGAAAAUCUUCUCUGGAAAGGCGUUGGAUGUCUGGGCCAUGGGGAUCACCCUGUACUGCUUCGUGUUUGGGCAGUGCCCUUUUAUGGAUGAAAGGAUCCUGAGUUUACACAAUAAAAUCAAGACACAAACAUUGGAGUUCCCAGACCAGCCGGAAGUUACAGACUUCUUGAAGGACUUGAUUUCACGGAUGCUGGAUAAAAAUCCCGAAUCUAGGAUUUCGGUCCCAGAAAUCAAGGAAAGUACUGUGCAACAGCCUUUCGCAGGAGAUUUCUGGUCCUUCGCCCCUGCGAGAGCCUGGAAGGGGCGAGAAGCUGAGAAAAUGGAGACUAAGUUGCACCCUUGGGUCACCAAGAACGGAGCGGAGCUGCUGCCCACGGAGGAUGAGAACUGCACCCUGGUCGAGGUGACAGAGGAGGAAGUGGAGAAUUCGGUCAAGCACAUCCCCAGCCUGGCCACAGUGAUCUUGGUUAAAACGAUGAUCCGGAAGCGAUCCUUUGGGAACCCGUUUGAAGGGAGCAAGAGGGAGGAGCGGUCACUGUCUGCCCCUGGGAACCUGCUGCCGAAACAAGGCAGUGAAGAUAAUCUGAAGUGCAACGACUUGCCCAACGUGGGAGAGGAGGAACUUCUUUCAUGA